AUGGAAAACUAUACAUACAACAGCCUAACUCUUCAGCUCGAGGGGUUAAGGAUCACCAAGUACCCCGUCUUCUUAUUCCUGCUCUUGGCCUAUGUAUUCAUCAUGAUUACCAAUGUGGGCAUUGUGCUUUUGAUAUGGACAGAGAGAAGCCUCCACCAGCCGAUGUAUCUGCUCUUCUGUAACCUGCUGAUUAAUGGUAUCAUGGGGAACUCUUUCCUCGUUCCCCGGUUGCUUGCAGACAUCCAUGUGCCUCCCUCUGAGCGCUUCAUUCACUACUAUGAGUGUGUGAUGCAAGCGUUCAUCAUACACAUGUUUGGGACCACUUCACACACUGUGCUCAUGAUCGGUCUGACCAUACGGCUGAACCGAUGCAGGACUCUGAUCAUGAAUCCUUACUGUGACAAUCCUUCUCUGUUUAAACUCUCCUGCGAUAAUGUGUUCAUCAAUAACAUCUAUGGUCUUACUUUCACUGUAGUCCUGCUCUCAUCCUCUAUUGGCAGUAUAAUUCUUACUUAUUUUAAAAUCGCAGCAUCCUGUCUAACUAGUAAGAGCAAGUCUUUGAACAGCAAAGCCCUGAAGACCUGCAGCACUCAUCUGUGUUUGUAUCUGCUCAUGCUUCUCAGUGGGAUGAUCCCCAUCAUCCUUCAUCGCUUCCCCCAGCUAGAAGAGUACGGGAAGAUUUCAGCCAUUCUCUUUCACGUUGUUCCUGGCAGUCUCAACCCCAUCAUCUAUGGGCUGCAGUCCCAAGAAAUACACAAAUCUGUGCCAGAAGGAUACCAGGUUGUGGUUCAGGAAUCUGCAGAGGUCUGCUUUCUGUACAACUGCCCAGCAGCAUACCAAUGUCUCCUGGCAGGGCAGAACCAGACCAAGAAACAUUCUUGUUGGGGAGCCAGCUUUGAGAGUGAAAUUGUGUCUGAACUGUUAGAGCUGUCUGAUGUAGCCAAGUCUCAUACCACUGCCUACCACCCAAUGUGUAAUGGUGGCACUGAGCUGUUCAACUGA